AAUCCUUAUAAACAACUAGUGAAAAUCUGUAAUUUCCCUUCAGACUUAACAUAAUUUAGGGGAGACCGGAGCAAGUUGUCUCACGGGGAAGUCAAAAUCUGGACUCAGAGGUCCAGUUGCACAAAUAUGUUUUCUCUAGCAGAGGUUUUGCAUGUUGAUUUCAAGCCCUCCUAAAUUAGAGUCAUUUUGUGAAUUCUACCCUCCAAAGUAAAUUUUUACUAUCACUGUAUUUUUAUUUUAAAUAAGCGAACAUAAUAAAACCACACUGGCAACUAUAUUAUGAAGGCAGAUUUUUACUGAAAGGGUUAAAUGUGUUCUUAUGACAAAAAAUUUCUUUUCAUGAAAGUCAGGUCGGGGCAUGUUGUCACAUUUGUUUGAACUAUAUACUACAGUAUGCUAAUGUAAAGAUAUGUACAUACUGAAUGUUUACAUACAAUAUGAUUAGAGGAUAUUUCAGAGAGAUAACUUGACCUAAAACAAUAAUAGUUUGUAUAUUUAACUGUUAGAUAUGUUCUCCUUCCACAUUGUGUUAUUUUUUUAAGAAACCUGGUCUAAGAUCGAUCUUUGCUGUAAUUCCUGUGUCACACACACACACACACACACACACACACACACACACACACACACACACACACACACACACACACACACACAGAUACACACACACAGACACACACACACAGAGACACACAUAUGUUGGUGCAGCUAUCAUUAUGAGAACUCUCCAUAGACAUAAUGAUUUUUAUACUGUAUGAACUAUAGAUUCUAUCCCCUAACCCUAACCCUAACCCUACCCCUAAACCUAACCCUCACAAAAAACUUUCUGCAUUUUUACAUUUUCAAUAAAACAUCGUUAAGUAUGUUUUUUUUAAGUGAUUAAAAUUAUGGGGACACUAGAAAUGUCCUCAUAAACCACAUUUAUAGCAUAAUACCAUUGUAAUUACCAGUUUGUAACCUAAAAAAAGUCCUCAUAAACCACUUAAACCUGCCCACACACACACACACACACACACACACAAUUCUGUUAAAUUUACAGUAAAAAAAAGUCAUAAACUUGAUAUUAGCCUACUGAAACUGUAAAAGUCUGCUUUUUACUUUAUAAGGUAUUUGUUUUAACUACAGAAGAGCACAUGAUGACAUGAAGUUCACCAAUAGUGGCUCUUCCAGGAGCAAUGACCAAUAAAGAUGUAGAGACAGUGUUCAUUGUCACUCACACAAACACUAAACACCAUCAGAGUAACACAUGUGAAAUUAAAAUAAUGUAAUAAACAUUAACUAAACUACAUCAAAUAUAAAACAGUACACCCCGAUGUAUGUAACUGAUAUUAAAAAUAAGAAGAAACAUAACUAUUCCCAUAAAAUAUAAUGAAAUGUAAUGGGUCACGUAGGGAAUUGUGGGAACGCCCGAUUACUGCUUUAUACUGUAAUUUUAACAAUAAUUUGCUGUAAAAAGUAAAUGUACUCUCUUGCUGAACAUGUAAUUUUUUUUUACCAUUAAUUAUACAGGAAAAUCAUAAUUUUUCAAUCUAAAAAAAAUAAUUUUUACAACAUUUUAUUGUAAAAACUGCUGUAUUGUCUUUUAAAAUAUAUUAAAAAAUUUUACUGCAUAUUUUACAGUUAAUACUCGUUAAUAAAUUAACGUUUUAUUUCUGUAGCAUUUUUACAGUCUUUUACUGUUAAAAUUACAGACAUUUUUUUACAGUGUGCUUUAUGAAGGUACCGGCUGUGGGCAUGUGUAUUGUGGAGAAAGCAAGAGAGAAGAGGAAGGAAAUCUUCAACACUACUUGCUGUCAGCACAUAAUUAUACUCAGUACAGAAGAGAAGGAAAAAUGAAGCGACUCUAAAAUUUCACCAUGUGGAACCUCCUGGUCUUCUUCACUUGCAUGGUAACAGCUGUUGGUUCAGAUGUUGUAGAUUUGCCAUCUAAAAUAUCUGGAUACAGAGGAAAGAGAGUUGACAUCAAUUGUACCUAUGAAGCUGGAUAUGAAACACAUUUAAAGUAUUUUUGCAAAGGCACAUGUAUCUUUGGGAUUAAAAACAUCAUAAUUGAAUCAGAAUCUCCAGCUAAAGAUGAGAGAUUCUCUCUGAUUGAUGACAGAAGAGCCAGAGUUUUCACUGUCACCAUCACUGAUCUGAGAACAGAGGAUGAAGGCAUAUACUGGUGUGCAGUGAGCAGGAUUGGACUAUUACCUGAUGUCUAUUCACAGAUUUUGUUGUUUGUUAAACAUGAUACAAAAACCACCGAGGUAUCAACCACCAACCCCUUUUCAGAAAACACACCGUCCACCAUCAAUAUUUCACCACUGAAUCCACAAACCAACAAAAUCAUACCCACAGAUCAGACUCCUUCCUCAACAGAAUCUUUAAUCUACAUCUGUGUGGGAUUAGUCAUUGUGGUGAUUGGUUUCCUGAUUGCGCUGAUGAUGUUGUGUAAGCAGAAGAAGAAAGGCAAGAAAUCCCCAAUAAUUACCCAAUCAGAAACUUCAGGACAUGUAUCCACUGUGCUUUUGCCUUUGAGUACAAUACCAGACAGUGCUGUAGAGCACAUCUACGAUAACGAUGACCAGGAAUAUCGGGAAAUCGGGGAGCUGCAGAACAAAAACAUACACAAUACCAUCAUUACAUAUUCCUCUGUGGAGAGACCAGACUCAAUGAUCUACUCCGCCGCAGAGAGACCAUAUUCAACGAUCUACUCUAAUGCAGAAAAACAAGCCGAUCCAUUGAUCUACUCAAUGGCCGAGAGACCAGAAUCAAUUAUCUACUCGACCGCAGAGAAAUUGUUCUGAAGAUUAUACCUGUCUAGAUUGACUAUGUCCAGACUGCAUUUCAAAAUCACUGUUUGGAGUGAGAGCUACAGUACACCCUCAGCAGAGAGACCAGCUGAUCCAAUGAUCUUCUCUACUGCAGACAGACCAGAAGCUUGAUAUACAUGAUUAGGAUUACAUGAAAAGAGAUUUUUACUGUUAUAAAAACACAGAUUUGUCACAGUUAGCCAAACUAAAGGUGUCAAAAUAAAGAUGAAAUGCAUGAUAUCAUUGUCAUUGGAGAGUCUGGCCAGUUAUGAAUAAGCUGCAUCACCAUCAGAGUUUGUGCAGCUGUUUUGGAGUCGCCGUCAUGGUACUUUGAUGCCAGGCACCAAUCGGUCUAUGCAGCACUGCACGAAGUCGAACACACUUCUUCUGAUCAAUGAUCUACUCCACCACAGAGACCUGGUGUCAAUGAUUUCAAGACAAUAUCAAUUCAUGUCAAUGAUAAUUAUUACCUAGUUGCACAGGUAGAAUCCACAGUUUUCCAGAGCAACCACUUGAUGGUGGUGCAAUGAUGAUUCUGUUUUCUGGUUCCGGUCUCCAUAAGAAUCAAUGUAAAAACUACUUAAACAGGCAAUCCACAUUGAGAACACAACCAUUUAAGUGUUAAUUGGAGAAAAAUUUGUUCAGGCUCAACUUAUGCAGUUUUUGGCUGUUGCAACAACUCGAAGUAGUUCAUGAUCUCAGCGCAGCUAACGUCAGUCCAUCGAUUUAUGUCAUCUACCCACUUGUCACGACUGGAUGAAGCCACAUGUUUAUUUAUUUAUAUUUGCCAAUUUUUUCAAAUUCAAUAUGCUAAACAUCACAUUAUCCACUUUACACCUUCACCAAUGAGAGUAAAAACACUUGAGUCCAGAAAAUGAAAGCAGACUUCCUUUAUGAAUCGUGGAACACCUACGCAUUCAUGAAAAAAGGUGGAUAGAUGUACUGUACUAAAGACAUUCUCAUCGUUGGGGUUACCUGAACAUGUUGUUCUUCAAUUUUUAUAUAUUUAUUGUAAGUUUAGUGAAUUAAUUGUAUUUGAAAUUGCAAUUUUGCUGUUGAAAGAAAUUCUAUAUGUUUCUGGCUUUAUACUGGUGUUUGUUCCACAAUGUAAAGUGACCCAAUAACCACUCAGUCUCAUAUUAUCCAUAAAAGUUCUAAACAUUUUAAAUGAAACAUAGGUUCUAUGUUUUUCUAUGCUGAUUAAAUAAUUUAUUUGUU